GCACCAUCUGCAUGGAGCGGCUGGUCACGGCCUCCAGCUACGAGGGCGUGCUUCGGCACAAGGGCGUGCGACCUGAGCUCGUGGGCCGCCUGGGCCGCUGUGGCCACAUGUACCACCUGCUGUGCCUCGUGGCCAUGUACUCCAAUGGCAACAAGGAUGGCAGUCUGCAGUGCCCCACCUGCAAGGCCAUCUACGGGGAGAAGACGGGCACUCAGCCACCCGGGAAGAUGGAGUUUCACCUCAUCCCCCACUCGCUGCCCGGCUUCGCUGACACCCAGACCAUCCGCAUCGUCUACGACAUCCCCACAGGCAUCCAGGGCCCUGAGCACCCCAACCCAGGCAAGAAGUUCACUGCAAGAGGCUUCCCGCGCCACUGCUAUCUGCCCAACAACGAGAAGGGCCGGAAGGUGCUGAGGCUGCUUAUCACCGCCUGGGAGCGGAGACUUAUCUUCACCAUCGGCACAUCCAACACCACGGGCGAGUCGGACACCGUGGUGUGGAACGAGAUCCACCACAAGACCGAGUUUGGAUCCAACCUCACGGGCCACGGCUACCCGGACGCUAGCUACCUAGACAACGUGCUGGCAGAGCUCACAGCCCAGGGUGUGUCCGAGGCUGUGGCCAAGGCCUGAGGCCCGACGCUGCCCACCUUCCCUCCUGCUUUGCCCCUGGUCCAGCACAUGCAGCACAUGCCUCCCUCCGCCAGGUGUGUCCUGGCGACCCAGGUUCAGGGCUGGGGAGGAGCCUGCAGGAGGAGCCAGAAGCGUUCCCGGGAUUUGGCCGGUAGCAGUUAGGAUGAUGGGAGGAUGGCAGGCCAGCCGGCUUCGACCCUAGCUACCUGAGAGGGUCGCAAGGGUGUACCGGAAACCACAGCAACCUCCCUACCGAAAAGACAGAGCCCCACCCCCUCACACCAACACACGUGUCCUGUUGCACACAUGCACGCACACCCACGUGCCUCUACUUACCCCCAGACUGGGGGGGAAGAGACAGAAAGACCCCUGUGAUACUCCGUGUGGAUUCCCAUCUGUGUCUCUAUCGCAUCUGUACAGGCUUGUCUGCAAACAGAAGGACUCGGGUCAAGCACUCGGGGGCCUGGUGAGGGUCCGGGAGAAAAGGGGGCACUCGGGAGCCUCAGCCUCCCCCCACCUCUGCCACCCACUGAUGGGCAAUUGUGGGCCCACAGGGUGGAAGCUCCCAGAAUAUUCAGCAGUUUUGCAAAGGGGCGGGCCAGGGAGACAGACGAGGAGAAUCUUAUUUUGUGCUUAUGUCUCUUCAUCCUUCUGGGACCCUGACCUCCUUCUUCUCCCCUGCCACCCCCAGGCCUUAUGUCUGUUCCUGAUAAAGGCACUGUUUUCCUCUCCUCCCCACCCCAUCCUCUCCACCAAAUCGCUCCCGAUGUCAAGAUCCAAAGGCUGGAGCUUCUGGCUUCAGGAGUGAGACAAGGAGGCCUGGCUUAGGCCAGCAGGUUUAAAAAGCAGACCGGACGGCAAAGAGUCCACUUCCCUUUCCUUGGGAGUGGGCAGUGGGGUGGCUGAAGGUCUCAGCCAACCAGGGGCCUGUUGCCCAGGCAACUCACCAGCUCUGCCUCUGUUGAUUGGCUGCCACGGCGGAAGUCAGCCAAGAUUUAAAGGGACGCCAGUGAUUGCUCUUUUGAAAAUCUACCAGUCCCACUGUGGGUGGAGAAAUAAAUGGUCUUUCUCCUCCUCCGCUGGGUCUUUUCCUGUCAAGAAGGGGUGUGCGUGGCUCUGUUUCUGGAGGCUUUCGGUCCAUCCCAUGGGGGAGCUUGCAGCAAAAUGGUGACCCAGG